AGAAGUCACUUCCGCGUACCCAUACAAGCAAAUGCGUCUCGUCGGAUGAUUUUCGCCGGACAAAGAGUGGCCUCGCACUGUUCCGGUCGCCUGAGUACUUAAAGCUCAGGACAAAGGAACAGAGACUUUUGAUCUACCCCACUUCUGUUAUAUUUAACGUGCCCCAUCCAUUGGGAAGCAAGUGUAAGCCAGCCAGUCACUAAAACUUCACAAUUCACGCUACAAUGGUUGCUUCCUUCGCCCCCUCUCUUCUACCAAUGCCUUCGGCCGCUCACUCCAGCAAGGAGGCGCACCACGUAUCUCCUGUGGGCUAUGCAGUAGCCGCAGCUAGGCGAUUGUCCAACGCACUGCCUUACCAAUGGCAGUACUCCUUCGACAAGAAUUCCGCAUCCCUGUCUUCGACCAACGGCGGGUUCUCCAACGUGGACCUCAGCGGCGAAGUUAAGCCCCUGCCGCAGUGGUAUGGACAGGAGCAAAAUCGUGAGCCGGUACCCAGCCAGCUCUGCCCGGGCGGAUUUCCCUCUGCUCGAGGCUUCGAAGACGAAGUGCGCUUCGACCCACUCGACACCACGCCUUCUCUGCUGCCUUCACACUGCAGCAGCCUUCGUCCCAUGAGCAGCAACAGCUCCUUGAGCGACCUCAGCGAAUACUCGUGCAACACCGCCGAUGUUCUUUCGCUCGCGCCUGGGUCACUCCUGCUGGAUCUACACAACUGCCGUGAUGCAAGCCGACUUGGUGCCGCUCAUGCUCAGUACGAGCCUCAGUACCCAGUGCAAGACCUACGAAGCGAAGAACCUUCAUUCCCUCUUGCCUCGACCUCAAGCAGCAGCAAGGUGCAAAGCCGCCGCAAGUCUUUCCCUCGCCGAUUCCUCGGCACCAGUCUUGAGCGCUCUCCCCGCCAAUUGUCUCUCUUCAGCUGGUCUACCGCCUCUGGCUUCGACAGCAACCCGGCCACACCUGAGCUUCAAGCUCCUGGCUGGAAGCAGGUAGACUACUUCUCACCUCCGUGUCCCACCACACUCGAAGGAAAGGAAGGUCUGAGCAACAGCGACAGCGAAGGCGAAUACUCCGACGAUGAGGGUGCAUGUUUCACCGCUGCACAGAUUGAUCAGAUCUGCCAACCCUUCGACCGUAGACCAUCUCACGUCGCGGAGCUCGAGAGUCUGCGUCCGUCCGGUGGGGUGGGACUCGAAGGCAGAGCUAGAGCCAUGUCUGCUCCUUGAGCACCUCGGGAGCCGCGUCGAGACCCUCUGCA